AUAUGGUAUUGGGACAUCCUAUCAUACGUUGCGUACAACAGUUCUGUGAACGCGAGCUAAAUAUUUCAAGAUUUACGUAAAAUCUGAAAGUUGUAUAAUAAUUUCAAGUAUUCCAUGUUAAACGACUUCUCCCGUGCACAAUUUCCACAUGGAUUAGCUGGUCUAUUUCAGGAUGUUUCGUCUGCAUCUUUUGCUGCUUGCCUCUCUAAUUGCCACAGACAUUCUGCAUCGUGUGGUGUGCGACCAGGGUGACGAAAUCAUUGACUUGACGUAUUCGUUUGAUGAAAACACGCUCUAUUUUCCAAGUGACAUGCACGCGCCAUUCGUGCAGGAGAUUUUUCACCGUGGACCUUAUGGACCACUCUGGUUGGAGAGUAACAUGUUUACGACCGGCGAGCACACAGGGACGCACAUGGAUGCUCCAGCGCAUCUAUCAGAGGGCAGACUAAGAAUGGAUGAAGUUCCUGUUGGUCAUUUAAUUGGGCCAGGUGUAAAGAUCGAUAUGUCUUCCAAGGCGUCGACAAAUCCUGACGCAUUACUUGACGUUAAAGAUUUAAUUGCCUGGGAGGAAGAAAAUGGGCCUAUACCAAAUGGUGCCAUUUUGAUGGUGUUCACCGAUUGGGGUAAAUUUUAUCCAAAUCGUACUGCGUACUUUGGGUCAGAUCGCAACGACACCUUUACGGAUUCAAAUGGAAACUCGCUCCUUCACUUUCCAGGAGUCAGCCCAGAUGCAGCUGAUUGGCUAAUUGAAAACCGUAACAUUGUAGGCUUAGGUAUCGACACCGCCUCAUUCGAUUACGGACAAUCUAUAACUUUUCCUUCGCACGAAAAACUUUUCAAAGCGAACAUCUUUGGUCUUGAAAAUGUCGCAAACUUGGAUAAGAUGCCGACCACAGGAAGCACUGUUUAUGCUUUGCCCAUGAAAAUAAAAGAAGGAAGCGGUGCCCCUGUUAGAAUUCUUGCUGUGGUUGGAGAUGCCUCGAAUAGUGCGCACACUAUAGCCUGUAAACACUUUAUAGUGUUUGGCACCAUUUUUCUGUUUAUUGCAUUUAUCAUAAACUGUUAGAACAACAAGUAAAACCUAUGUUAAUUUAGUAUUUACGCAUAUUAACGCAUGUUGUUUUUGUAGUUUAGACCAAAUAUACAUCUACUGGUACUGAGGAAUUUAUCACGAGCCAAUAAAAAUCGUUUUAUAAAGUUGUGUUUACUGUAAGUCAGUUUUUUUUUUUUUUUUUUUUUUUUAAUGUUUAAUAAUUAUUAUUGUAAUUAUUUAUUAUAACCUAGCCUAAGCAUAAAUAUGUAUUCAUUGUACAAACAUGUACAAACUAUCAAGCAACAGUAACAAAUUAAAAACGACGCACAAGGAGAAAGCAGACUUAUUUCAACAGCAUACGACUAAGGUAAUUUUAGAACAGUAUUUUGUAUUAAAAUUAUCAUACGAUCAUGGAGGUAUUAUACCUCCAUGAUACGAUUGAUUGAGCAGUUUAGACCAAUAAA